GGUGAAACCGUUUCUCAUAAAGAGCACAACCCUGGAAGGCUCUAAACUUGGCUGAUAGCGACACCUGCCUGGGUCCCGCUCGGUCCCACUGACUCACUCCUUGGGGAAGGGGCCUGGAACUCUGUACUGUGAAGCUCUCCAGCUUUAAACUCGGGAUCCGCGGCGGACUUUGUAAACACGCGGCGCCUGCGGGGGUGGAGACUGGUACUGUUGAGGCGCCUGGCGGAGGGGUGCACGCCCCUCCGCACAGCUGGAGGGGGCGACCCCCACCUCCCCAAAAACGGAAGCCAGAGGCGGCGGGACAGUGAGGCCACAAUCCGUGCUUCGGGGGACUCACCUGCUAUGGAGGUUUGUGAGGAGCAGCGCUGUGAGGAGGAAGUCUUCCCCCUGGCCAUGAACUACCUGGAUCGUUACCUGUCCUGCGUCCCCACCCGAAAGGCGCAGUUGCAGCUCCUGGGUGCGGUCUGCAUGCUGCUGGCCUCCAAGCUGCGCGAGACUACGCCCCUGACCAUCGAAAAACUGUGCAUCUACACCGACCACUCUGUCUCUCCCCGCCAGCUGCGGGACUGGGAGGUGCUGGUCCUGGGGAAGCUCAAGUGGGACCUAGCUGCUGUGAUUGCCCAUGAUUUCCUGGCCCUCAUUCUGCACCGGCUCUCUCUGCCCCAUGACCGACAGGCCUUGGUCAAGAAACAUGCCCAGACGUUUUUGGCCUUAUGUGCUACAGAUUACACUUUUGCCAUGUACCCACCGUCCAUGAUUGCCACGGGCAGCAUCGGGGCCGCAGUGCAAGGCCUGGGUGCGUGCUCCACGACUGGGGAUGAGCUCACAGAGCUGCUGGCUGGGAUCACAGGCACAGAGGUGGACUGCCUGCGGGCCUGUCAGGAGCAGAUUGAAGCUGCGCUCAGGGAGAGCCUCAGAGAAGCCGCCCAGACCUCUCCCAGCCCGGCGCCCAAAGCCCCCAGGGGGUCCAGUAGCCAGGGGCCCAGCCAGACCAGCACUCCCACAGAUGUCACCGCCAUCCACCUGUAGCCCAGGAGAGGCCCCCUCCAGUGGCCACUGGCAGCACAGGAGGGGACACCGCCACCCCCCUGCCUGCGGGAACGAACCACGCCUGAGGGGGCUCCUUCCUGUUCCUCCCUCGAAAAGCCGAAGCGGGCAGGCCCUCCCUACCCCUGCAGUGUGCACUAAGGGGCCUGGCCAGCCGUGUCUGGGUGGCCUGCCAGGCUCCUCUUUCUCGCCGCAUCUGACCAGCUCCGCUCCUUCCCUGAUCCUAGCUGGCGGUGGGCCAGGCCGGUCAGAAAUGAAAUUCUAGUAGGUAAAAUAUAUGCACCAGCAUUCCUUUUGGAGGCUCCCUUAUUACGGGGGCUCUCAUGUUCUCAAAUCCCAAAAUGCCCCCAGUGCCUUGCAAAGGUGUUGCACCUUCCAGAGUUACUGCGUUUGGAUUGGGGUCUUUCUGAAGAAACUUUAGAGAUUCUGAUAGAUGUGUGAGGGGAAACAGUCUGGACAGCUCCCCCUGACACGCUUUGGAGGCCCCCAUAUAAUCCAUGCUCACAGCUGCUCCCAGGGGGAGGGCCCAGGCCUCUGUCCCGAGGGGCGGGCAAGAACCAACUAAUCCCUCCUUGCUUUGCUUUCUGCUCAGCUUCUCCUGUGUGAUUGAGGGGGGUUAGUGCUGAAGGAAGUUGUUUUAAUUUAUUACUUGCUUUGAGGACAACUGAAAGAGGGUGUGGUGGGGCCCAUCGACCCCACAUGUGGUGGUGACCCUGGUGGUUGCUGCAUCCCUCCCCUCUGCUGCUGGCUAGAGGACCCUUGUGGCCAAGGAGCUGCUACAGCCUGGGGUAGGGCCAUGCCCUCCUCUCCCUCUGGCCCUCUGCCCCAUUCUCCGGGGGUGCGGGGUGGGGUAGGGAUAAACUAGAGGUGACCGGGGCCCCCUGUCUGGAGAGGGAGGCAAGCCCUGUUGACACAGGUCUUUCCUAAGGCCACAAGGUCCAGGCUGGUGGCCCAGGACUAUCAUGCUACCUUAAUAAAGAUUCUGGAAUAAGCCUG